AGAAAGAUAGAAAUUGAACGGUCUAGUUUUCAUAAUUCCCCAAAAUCACCCGCCAGACAUGGCUGUUGUUCAAAUUUCCAGUUCUCUCUGCACUUCAAUUCGUGAUGUUGUUGUGUCAAACCCAGUAUCCAUUUCUUCUAUUAAGGGCUCUACUCGUACUCAAUUUGGGACUACUUUUGCAACUGGUUCUCCACUCUUGAUCAGGAACAGUUUCUCUCAGAUAAAAGCUACGCCAAGUAGGGCAGCAUCACUUUCUGUACGAUGUGAGCAGAGUACCAAGGACGGAAGUAAUUUGGAUGUAUGGCUUGGUCGAUCUGCCAUGGUUGGUUUUGCAGCUGCUAUUAGUGUAGAAAUAGCUACAGGCAAAGGACUUCUGGAGAAUUUCGGGGUCUCAGGGCCCAUACCUACAGUAGCAUUGGCAGUCACUGCAUUGGUGGGCGUUUUGACCGCUGUCUUCAUCUUCCAGUCUGCUUCAAAGAACUGAUUAUUUCCUUUUCUCUUCUUGUUUAUGUAUUGAAAGAGUGAUAUUGAUACAUCCUUAUUCAUCUAAACAAAUUCUGUCAAUUUGUCAAUAGAAACUUUAUUUACUGCUGAAUUUUCCCUUCCUUAAA